GCUGCAGUUUGGAUGCAUGAUUUGGUUUUCAUUUUCUGUCCUAACCUAGUGUGUAGUGUUGCUGGGUGCCCUUAAACAGCUUCUCUCUUCCACUUCCUGUGGUGGCUGCUUUCCAGAAGCAGUUAGGGGUAAAUCUUUGUGUAGUCAGCAAAGUCCUUGGGGAUGAAAGACUCUGUACCUUGGAUAAAAUUGAGCUAAGAGAAAAUUGCUCCUGGAAGUCAGAAGAGACGAAGCCCUUGGUCCCGAACCAGAUGAAGUGGGACUUCAUCCUAGUAUGUGACAAACACAAGUCUGACCGCGAGAAGGAUGCUAAGAGGAAGGAAUUCUUGGACAAGUUGGAAGAGAAAGGAUUUAUCAUCGAGACCCAGAAAAUCGAGGACAAGAAACUAUUCUAUGGGGUCCAUGCCCGAAGUGAAAUCUUCCGAAAAUACCAGUGUCUGCUGAAGAACUCAGACAGUGGGUUGCAGAAUCACCACACGGAGGAGAAUGUGCCCAUCACCACCAGGAUACGUAUCGUCAACCUUAUCCUGCGGAACACAAAGAUUUCUCCUGAGGAGACGCUCCAAAAGCUGAUAAAGGCGAAGGUCUUUGAGGCAGCAUUCCCACUGCACGAGCAAGAAGGGCUGAGAAAAGAACUGAAGGAGAAUUGGGCCCAAUGGAGAAAGAUACUGAAGCAACAGCCAAUCGAGGAUAUCAGGAGUUAUUUUGGGGAGAAGGUGGCCCUGUAUUUUGCCUGGCUAGGCUGGUACACCCGCAUCCUGUUCCCAGCUGCUGUGCUGGGCCUGCUUGUCUUCCUAUAUGGGAUCUUUCAUUUUGAUUCCAGUCAGGUCAGCAAAGAGAUCUGUGAAGCCAACACCACCAUCAUGUGCCCACUCUGCGACCAGAAGUGCCCGUUCUGGCAGCUGUCAGAUACUUGCACCUAUGCCAAGGUCACUCACCUGUUUGACAACGAGGGGACAAUUCUCUUUGCAGUGCUCAUGGCUCUCUGGGCCACCGUGUUCCUGGAGCUGUGGAAGAGGAAAAGGGCUGAGGUGGUCAGUGGCUGGGAACUGUACGGGUGGGAUGAAGAUGAGGAGGAGCUGGCCUUGCAGCUGAUCAAUGACCCAGCGUAUAACCUCAAGUUCUACCAGCACUCUUAUAUCCGCAGCACUAUCCUGCUUCUCUUAGUCCUGCUUAUGAUCACCGUGCUCAUUGGCCUUGCCCAUGCGCUCGUCAUCUACCGGGUGGUGGCGACUGUCCUCUUCACCCAAAGCGACUUCGAGUUCAUCCGGGAACGUGCCAGCACCGUGGCGGUGAUGACAGGGGCCGUGCUGCAUUACAUCACCAUCAUCGUCAUGACCAAGGUGAACAGGCGUGUGGCGCUCUUUCUCUGUGAGCUGGAGAAGCCACGGACGUUCUCGGAGCGUGAGAACAUCUUCACUGUGAAAAUCUUCACCUUCCAGUUCUUCACCUACUUCUCCUCACUGAUCUACAUCGCCUUCUUCUUGGGAAGGAUUAACGGCCGUCCUGGGAACUACGUGCGUGUAGCUGGCAAGUGGAGGCUGGAGGAGUGCCACCCCAGUGGCUGCAUCACUGAUCUCUUUAUCCAGAUGGCCAUCAUAAUGACCCUGAAGCAGACCCUGAGUAACUUGGUGGAGUACCUCACCCCCUGGCUAAGAUUAAGGUUCCGAAAAUCACUUGCUAACCCAAAGGACAAAGACGAGGUUGACAUGGAGAAAGGAUCCAAGGACUCCUGCAAGGAGCAGUGGCUCAAGAACUACCAACUCAACGAGGUCAACGUCUUCAGCUUGUUCGACGAGUUCUUGGAAAUGAUGAUCCAGUACAGCUUCACCACCAUCUUUGUGGCUGCCUUCCCCCUCGCCCCGCUAAUGGCCUUCAUCAAUAACCUCUUUGAGAUCCGGCUGGAUGCCAUCAAGAUGGUGCAGCUGCAGAGGCGCAUAGUGCCUAGGAAAGCCAAUGACAUCGGCAUCUGGCUGCAGGUUCUGGAGGCCAUUGGUAUUUUGGCCGUCAUUGGCAACGGCCUGGUGAUCGCCAUCACCUCAGACUUCAUCCCCAUGCAGGUCUACAAAUACACAUACAGCCCGUGCAUGCUGCAGAACCGCACCGAUAUCAACUGUUUGACAGGUUACAUCAACAACAGCCUCUCGGUGUUCCGUGUCCAGGACUUUGAGGGGCAGAUGAAGCUGCCCGAAAAGCUUCCAGAUUUUCUGAGGAGUGAGAUCACAGAAUGCAGGUACCGGGAUUACAGGAACUCCGAUGACUACAACUACUCUGCCCAGUUCUGGCACGUUUUCGCAGCCCGGCUCGCCUUCCUUAUUUUAUUUGAGCAUGUGGCUCUGUGCAUCAAGUUGAUUGCAGCCUGGUAUGUACCCGACGUCCCCCAAUCGGUUAAGAAUAAGCACCUGGAGAAAAAAUAUGAAAAUCUAAAGGGAGUACUCAGGAAAAUAGAUCGCUCUACAGAUGUAUAGCAAGUCACCGAGCACACAGUAGAGGUCAGAAGCGGAGACUGCAGACCCAGUAUCCAGCAGGACAGUGCUGUGGGCUUUGGAGGCACUAUACAGGCACCUCCCACAAACCCUGCAACUGCAGCUCAUUCUUUCCUAUUGUUUUGGACUUUGCCUCUUAAUUGAGGGGGAAACAACACAAUGGUAAACUUGCAUGAGCAGAUCAUUUAGAAUCUCAGGGUGGCAGGGAAGAAGAUUGUAUCUUUAAGAAAUGCUGCAUUUCAAAGGUGUCUCCUCAGAGCUGGGGGAAAACAUUUGCACUGUUGGCCAAACAUAACAGUUUGUCCAAUUUCAAAGAAGGCUAAAAAUGGCUAGAUUUUUGCUAAAUUUGUCAUGCUUUUCCUCCAUCAGGGGCAGACACGAUUUUACCCCUGCACCCUCCUCCCAAAUUGCUAAAAGGAAAUACCAUAUAAAGCCCAUGUCUAUGGAGAUGGGUGAGGUUACCCUGUCUGCUGUACCAACAUUGUCCCCAGUUUGGAGGGACAGUCUCUGUCCCAGCUGACUCUCCUUCCUACCAUACAUCUAAGACCUAUUUCUUGACUAGAUGAGAGACCGGAUUCCUGACCGCUGAUCUCUUGUUCUUACUGUAAUGAUGUGUGGCUUUGUGCAAAUUAACCUCUUGGUGCCUCCAUUUAUGUCAUGGGGCAAACACCUACCUAACUCAUCUGGAUGCUGUGCAGCUUAAAUAAUUAAUAUCUAAAGCCCUUUGAGGCCUUGUCUACAUUAAGAAUUUUGCCCUCAUUCUAUUACUCAGUGACCAGCCACUGCAAACUCCAAAUACACACAAGGAAAUCUGUGUUUGGCAUGAAUGGAGCUCACCUCAGUUUCAAACAGCAGUUAGUUCCACUGAAGCAGAUUGGGGCUCUUCUCAGCUAUAUGUGGGAUUUGCCCUGGUGCAGCGAGCGACACCAAUUGCUGGCCAAUGUAAACCAGCCCUUGGAUCCUUUCGGAGAUCCUGUGUUAGCAUUUCAUUGAGUCAGGCAAUCUGAUGCUAAUCUAUGGCAGAGGACCUGGCUUUAUCUUCAGUAGUUCAUUUUAAUCCUUCACUUGUCAUUAAACUGGGCUUUGCUGGCUGGCCUGUGGAGUAGAUUGCUUACUUUCUCUAUCCCCUUUGUAUUUCAUAUGUCUCACCAGUCCUUCUCCUUCCAGUGGAGUCCCUCAAUGCUCCUGUACACCUCCAUCACCCAGGAAUUGGCUAUUCUCUCUUUUACUAAAAUGAUCACAGUAGUUCCUCCUAUAGGUAAGGGUGCAGAGCAGGGCCUUACCCUAAAUCUCCUACAUCCCAAGCGAGUACCCUAAUCAUUGGACGGUAAUAGGGUAGGGUGGCUCCCUCUCUUAAACCCUGCACUUGUUGGCACUUCAUUCCUGCCUAGUUUAGGCCACUCUCUGCUAAGCUGGCUGGCUUCAGAAGAUCCCUUCCAUAGGCAAAUAACUCUCCCCAUGCCCUUGCAUGGGGAGCCUCAGCACCUAGGUCAGGCUGAUUAUUCCACGAGGUGGCAGGCUGCCUGAGAGCUAGGCGUUACGAUGCUUAGGUACCUUUGUGGACUGGGCCCUUAUCGGCCUUCAAUGAGGACUGACCGCUAGGUUUGAAAAAUGUUUGUUAGUGUCAGAUUCACAGAGCUGAAAACACUCUUAAAUCUGCAAAUGUACAGGUAGACCCCAGAACUGCAGAGAAUCUUGUGUGGGAAGAUCCCGUCGCACUAAGUGCCAGGGAAGGCUGGGGUCCACCGACUUGGAGCCUAUUGGGGGAUCGGGGCCUUUUAACAGGGCCAAGCUAAACCUAAGUGAGACGCACUUAAACUCGUGCAACAAAGUUUCAGUGGUUUAGCUAAGUUGGUUUAAUUCACAUGUAGGGCUUGUCCACAUGCGUGGGUUUAAAAUCACACUAACUUUAGCAAGUGAGCACUCAAAUGACCUUCCCAGUCCACAUAUGCUGCAAUUCUUCCAAGUGGACUAACUGGCUCAGAAAUACUUUAUUCUACAAUCCACUUUGAAAGUUCCUUGCGUAGUGAGGUAGUGCAGACUAACAUUGACAUUCAUGCACAGCUCAUUUCACACUAGGUUGGCAGUACGCCAGCUUCUAUCCCAGUGUAUUUUGCCAGGACCAGCUUGCCUGUUUACCUAGGUGCCCUCCACUGCUCUGGGGUCAUGUUGCCCAGAUGUCCCUUCCCUGUUCAAAUGCUGGCAGGAGGCCAGGAACAGUCCAUUUUUUCCUGGAGUACAGCCUUCAAGCCUUCCAGCAGUGCUAUUACUGCCAUCUAAUGCCUUGUGCAACAGCAUGGAAACAUGCAGAGAUCUUUGAUCGCCUUGCCAUCUGGAAAGACGCACGGGUACAGGCAGCCCUUUAAAAAAAAAAUCAGAAUAACGCAGUCUAUGAAGACAUCUCUAAAUAGUUAGCCCCAAAGGGUCACAGUGGGACCCUAUUCAAUGUCACAGCAUGAGCAAAGCACUCAAAAGCCACUACAAGAAAACAAGGGGCAAAAGAUGGACCUCUAGCAAUACUCAUAUGACCUGUCUUUACUAUGAGACUUUUCUGCUGGGAUGCCACUAUUGUUGUCAAUCCUGUAUUUAGACAAGUCCUCAAUGUGGAGUUUAAGGAUUAAAUUGAACCUUUUCUAGUUUUCCUAAAUGAUCAAGGCUAUUAAAUGCAAACUCCUAUCACCCCUACCCAUUAAGGCUGAGCAACAAAGCACUCAGGGACAGGACAUUCCAGACAUUGAUUCUUGCUGUCAUCAUUCCUGUUUUCCUUGUUCAAUGUCAGCUCUAAAAAAGUAUGUAUUAAUCUAUGCCAAAAGGAUAUGGCUUGAGCACGGUGACUGAAUGAAUCUUGCAGUCAAAAAAAUCUUAGCUUUUCUAACACCCUGAUUUGUGAAUUUUUGAUUUGUCAGCCUUGUGCUAAUGCUAGGUUUUACAUUUGUUAUUUACAUCUAAGUGACUAGAUUAUGAAACACGGCAGGGGAAUCAAGCCCUGAUACACACAUGCCUGCAUGCGAGGCUGAAACUUUAAGCAUGUGACUAAUCCACUGAAGUCCAAGGUGGCCACUCAAGGGCCCCCCAUUGGACUUCAGUGGACCAGUCACAUGCUUAAAGUUACACAUGUGUCUGUGUGCCAUAUUGAAUCAGGUCAUUAAUGCAGCAGGUGCCAGACUGAUGUGGCAUUUAAAAUAUUUUCCUGGCCUCCCUUAUUCUGGAUGCCAGGUAUGUUGUAUAUAUUUUAAAAUGCUCAGUAAUGGUUGCUUGAAAUACUGUGCAAUAAUAUUGUAAUUUUUUAAUAAAGGUGAU